GAAGGUGAAAAAGUCACAUCAGCUAUCUGCAAUGGUGCAACUUUCGCUCUCCCAGUUUCGCAGGCUUUCUCCCCCUGGAGAGGAAGAAAAAGAGAGGGGUCGGAAAAUGACAAAACAGAAGCAGCAUAGCCCGGCGUCGAGCCCAGCGGCAUUCUCUCCGCAGUCUGUCCAUUCAUCCACUGCCACCUCCCUUUCUCAGGCGUAUGAGACGUACAUUGAGAACGGACUUAUCUGUCUGAAACAUAAGAUUCGCAACAUUGAGAAGAAGAAGGUGAAAUUAGAAGAUUAUAAAGAGCGUCUGGAUAAGGGAGAAGCUCUCAAUCAAGACCAAACUGAGGCAGUGGAGAAGUAUGAUGAAACGUUACAUAAUUUAGAAUUUGCCAAGGAGCUUCACAAAACCUUUUCUGCUUUAAGUCAAGAUCUUCUGAAAGUGCAGAAGAAAACACAGCGACGUGAGCAAGCUUUACGUAUGGAAGCAGAGAAAAAACGUUUGCGCACAGUUUUGCAAGUCCAUUAUGUUUUGCAGAACCUUAGCCAGGAGCAUAUACAAAAGGAUUUUAAGGAUGGCUUGAAUGGAGCUAUGUAUGUGUCUUCCAAAGAACUCAACUACCUCGUCAGAUUUUCCAAACUAGUCUCUCUUGAAAGGGAUGAAAAACUGAGCCUUGAAGACCAAAUGGAAGAUAUUUCGUUGUACCUUUGGGAACUGUUGGAAGGUUCUGAGAAGGCAGUAGCUGGUACAACAUAUAAGCGCUUGAAGGAACUUCUAGGUAGUCUCUUGGAAUGUGGGUAUUUUGAAUGCAUUCCUUUUCCCCACAGUGAAAUGCAGGAACAAGAAGUUGUGUUGAAGGAACCAGAGAUUCAAAAACCAAAGGAAAAUUUAAAAACUCUUAAGGAACUGGGUAUCAUUGAUAAAGCUGAAAACAGGGAGAGAAGCUCAGAAAUGUCCGAGUUGCUUCAGAAUGAAGUCCCACUAGCUCCAAGAGAGAAAAGGGAAAUUCCUCAGAAGCAUGUUGUACAACCAAAGCAGGUCUCGAAGCCAGAGCAGCAACCACCAGCUCUUGAGUUCAUCUCCUCCAACUCUUCAAAGUCAUUGCCUAAUGACCCAGCACUCAGGCAACAAGAGCUACAGGAUAUCAUAGCACAGUUCCAGGGGACAUGUAAUUUUAUGCAGGACUCCAUGUUAGACUUUGACAAAUCAAGUGCCAGUCCUUCUCCGCUGCAACGUUCACCAUGCACCUUAACAGCAAGUCCCAAAGUUUCGAAGGAGCAGAGUCUACAGAACCAAAAUGAGACUGUUCAAAGCACAGCACAGGAUGAUCUAACUUAA